CGCAGCACACCACAACAAACCUGCACGUGCUCAGAGGAAGCUCAGAGUUUACUAAUUUUUUGACAAACCUCACUGAAAUGGAGGAAUAUGACGGUCAAUUCAGUGAUGCCGAUGAAGAUAGUGAAAGUUCACGUCUACCAUGUCGGCAGCUACCAACAACUACAGUACCGAAGCCAGUUUGCAAUGAAAAUUGGGAUGACGAUGUAGAAAACCAGCCUACAUCAACUGAAAUCCCAGAAGAUUUGAUUGAAGAGGAGGAGGAUGACGAUUAUGAUGAUGAUGAUUAUUUUUAUGUGGAUGAAGAUAGCAAAAAUUUAACAAAGCAUUACCAAAAGAAUAAUAAUAAUGGACCUAACAGUGUUGUCAUCCAGUCACAGAAGGUUGAAAAAUUCCAACCUUCAGACAAGUUAUUUAAGAAAUACGUUGGGAAAAUAUGUCUUGAGAAAUUUGAAGGCCUAAGGGGUUUUGAAGGAAAUGUCACGAACCGUAUGGUGGAAACUCAGCGUAAGGCUGAGAGUGAAAGGCAGCGAGUACGUGACAAAGCUGAAAGAGCUACAGUGGAGCAGGUCUUGGAUCCCAGAACCCGCAUGAUCCUCUUCAAAUUUCUUAACAAGGGAACAAUAGCUGAGAUUAAUGGCUGUAUAUCUACGGGUAAAGAGGCUAAUGUUUACCACGCCUUAAGCAGCAGUGGCGAGAAUUACGCAGUUAAGAUCUAUAAAACUUCAAUCCUGGUAUUCAAAGACAGAGAUAGAUAUGUCUCUGGUGAUCAUAGAUUCCGUACGGGUUAUGGAAAACACAAUCCUCGGAAGAUGGUGCGCACGUGGGCAGAAAAAGAAACAAGCAAUUUGUUCCGUUUGUACAACUGUGGCCUCCCAGUACCUAAGCCUAUUGUGCUUCGCUCGCAUGUCCUUGUUAUGGAGUUUUUGGGUACUGAUUCAAUGCCUUCUCCUAGGUUAAAGGAUGCAGAUAUUUCGGAAUCAAAAGCUCGGGAAUUAUACCAUGAUUUAGUGGUACAGAUGUGGAUUAUGUACAGGGAAUGUCGACUUGUCCAUGCAGAUCUCAGCGAGUACAACCUUUUGUACCAUAAUGGAAGACCUUACAUCAUUGAUGUAUCUCAGUCAGUUACACCAGACCACCCACAUUCUUUAGAGUUUUUGAGGAAGGACUGCACCAACAUCACAGAAUACUUCCGCAGAAAAGGAGUCCCGACCAUGAAAAUUCAAGAACUAUUCAACUUCAUCGUUGAUCCCAUGCUGACUGCUGAGAAGCGGGACGAGUAUCUGGAGGAGAUGAAAGAGAUAGCUGCUUCAAGACCUGUUGGGGAGUUGACCGACCAAGAGAAGAUUGAUGAAGAAGUGUUUAAGAAUGCUUAUAUCCCAAAAACUUUAGAUCAGGUUAUAGACUUUGAACGUGAUAUGCAGCAGCUGAAGCUAGGAACAAAGACUGAGAAGGAAAUCACUUAUCGUACUGUCUUGGGCAUGAAGAAAGAUUUAAGUGGACCAGAAAUUUUACCCAUACCAGGCAAUGCUUCAGAUUCAGGAGGAGAUAGCAGUGAGGAUGAAGAAGAAAGUGAAGAUGAGGAUGAUGAGGAGAAAGGUAGUCAUCGAACAGUUGGCAGACUCCGGGGAGAGACCACAGAAGACAGGAAAGAAAGGAAAAAGGCGAUCAAGGAAGCACAAGCAGAGAAAAGAAAAUCAAAGUUGAAAAAGCAUGUUAAGAAGAGGGCAGAGAAAGUCAGGAAAAAGAAACAUUAGAGCUCGAAUAAAAGCAUGAAUAAAA